AAAUACGCGAAAGUGGUUUCAUUCCUGGUCGCCCAGCAGGCUAGGACCCCAAUCUAUUUAGGGCCACGCAGGGACCGCCUGGUACAGUAUAUUUUGGCCGCCCGUUCUGGAAUCGCUCUUCUAAUCACAGCGACUCUUGGCUGUCGUCUCUCCUCCGCACGCACGACGCGGACGCUUAGAGCGCCGGCAACGAAGAGCCCCCUCAGCCAAGGCUGCAGACGAAGCCUGGGGACGGGGGGCGGGGGUGUCAGCCUUCCCUCCGCAGUCCUCAGCCCCAUGAGUGACAGUGGCGCUGGGAGGGGAAAGGAAUCCCCCCCACCCCGCCGUCUGCUUUCUGCGCAACGUUUAAGAGCUCCUCUGCGGGGGACGCGUCUCGCAACCGCCGGCGUGCGCCCUCUUCCACAAAGCCCACCGCCUGCAGCGGCAACAGGUCCUGUAUUUUGGGAAGAAGAAGAGACUUAAAAUCCAGAAAAGAUCAAAAAAGCUAAUUCUCCAAAAUGUCAUAUAGACAAGGUUUAGAGAAAUACCGAGAUCUAGAUGAAGAUCAGAUCCUUGGAGCACUGACAGAAGAUGAAAUUAAGAUGCUAGAAGAUGAGCUACUGGAACUUGAUCCAGAUAAUGCAAUAUUACCUGCAGGAAUGAGACAGAAAGAUCAGACCAAGAAAAACCCCACAGGCCCUUUUAACAGGGAUGUUCUUCAGGCACAUUUGGAGAAGCAGGCAAAUGACACUAAAGACCGAGAUGAUCUGGUUCCCUUCACGGGAGAGAAAAGAGGAAAAAUUUGGGUCCCCAAGCAGAAAGCUAUUGAUCCAGUUUUGGAACGUGUAACUCUGGAACCAGAAUUGGAGGAAGCCCUGGCAAAUGCUUCUGAUGCUGAACUCUGCGACAUUGCUGCUAUUCUUGGCAUGCAUACAUUGAUGAGCAACCAACAAUAUUACGAAGCACGAGGGACUACAACUAUAGUCAACAAAGAAGGAUUGGACAGUAUAAUUAAGCCCACCCAGUAUAAACCAGUUCCUGAUGAGCCAAAUUUGACCAACGUAGAAGAAACUUUGGCACGAGUGAAAAACAAUGAUCCAGAACUUCAGGAAAUUAAUCUCAAUAAUAUUAAGGAUAUUCCUGUGCCUAUUUUGAAAGCUUAUGCUGAAGCUCUGAAGACUAACACCUAUGUGAAAAAGUUCAGCAUAGUAGGAACAAGAAGUAAUGACCCUGUUGCUUUUGCGUUGGCAGAAAUGAUAAAAGAAAACAGCGUAUUGAAAAGCUUAAAUGUGGAAUCAAAUUUUAUUACUGGAUCUGGAAUCCUGGCCCUGAUAAAAGCACUGCAGAACAACACAACACUAAUUGAACUCAAAAUUGACAACCAGUGCCAGCUUUUGGGCAACAAGGUAGAAAUGGAAAUCGCCAGCAUGUUAGAAAAAAACACCUCUCUCUUGAGGUUUGGUUAUAACUUCACUCAACAGGGACCCAGACUUCGGGCAUCCAAUGCUAUGAUGAACAACAAUGAUCUAGCUCGUAUACAUGGAAGUGACGGUCCCUGAUAAAACACCUCAACCCUGGAACUGGAAGAUUGAGAAAAAGACGACUUGCAGACCUGACGGGACCCAUCCUUCCCAAGUGUCGAACUGGGGUGUAGUUUUGGUUGUGGAGAUGCGUCCUUAAGCUUGCACUGGUUUAUGAAGGCUUACGGAAGCAGAGCAACUGUGCGGUGAUUUUAUGCAGCUUGUUUUUUGUACGAACACCCUUGCACAUGAAAAUUUUAAAUUAGUUAUUAUAGGCAAAGGUCUUCAUUAUCAAUUUGUAGAAUAUAACAUCUUUAUUUUUAAAGAGUAAUCCAAAGUUUUAGCCUGUCAACCAUAAGGUGCAAUUUUGAAUUCUAAUGAAAGAUAUCAUGGCUCGGGAACAGCUUUAAGUUAUAGUUAGAUCACAGCCUAGGUUUUGUAUCAAUUUAUUUGUGUGUGUGUUUGUGUGUGGGCGUGCGUGCAUGCACGCGCGGGUGCUCUGAUAUGCAUGAGUAGAUAGGAACAAUAAAAAUAUGCAAUGCUGCUCUGUAAAUGUAACAGAAAUGUUAAAAAAAUACUUUAUUUUCAUCUUGAAAGAAUUAGAAAGAUUCUGCUAAUCGGACAGCAUUUUUAUCAUCCCGAUAUACAUAAUCACUUUUAAAGACUUGAGAAUUGCAAUUAGCCAGCAACAUCCAGAAUCCUAAAUUGCAACUGAGCAUUAGAACCAUCUAUUAUACUUAAAGUAGCUCACAGCCCUCAAGCACAAAAAUAUGUAAGGCCACUGUUUCCCUAAGCUAGGGUUUCCUCAACCAUGGCAAUUUUAAGAAUGCUGGCUGGGGAAUUCUGGGAGUUGAAGUCCACCAGUCUGAAAGCUGUCAAGGUUGAGAAACACUGCCCUAAGCAAUAGUUACAAGAAAGGCAGCUGCUGAAUGGGAUGUUGGUUAUUUCUAAUUUUCCUGAAGAACUGAAGUUAAAAUAUAGAUUAAAUCUGAUAAAUCACACAAGGGUGUGCCAGGCCUCUUUAUGCUUGUGAAGUGAAUGUUUAUUUUUGUAUUAUGUUUCUAUUUCACUAUCUCAUCACUAUCUCCCUGAUCUGACAUGCUUUUGCAAAAAGCUGCAUUGGAUAUAAUGCUUGAAAGCUUUAUUUGAGGUUCUGGAUUCAUUCCAAUCCAUUUGCUCUGCAAGAGCAGAAUAAUUUUAGUACCUAGGCAAGAUUUGCCAAUCUCCCUACACUGUUGAUGGGGAUACUUCUCCUCACUGCACAAGUCUUCUGCACUUCGACAGAGGGUGACUUUCCUUACUUUCUGCAGGCAAUGGCUGAAAAUUGAAGCCAUACAAAUAUGAUUUUGCCUCUCUCUUGCCAAAAGAGGGUACCAUUUGCUUUUGUGUCUCCCACUUGACAGUGUUAUAUUCUGCCCUCCCCAAAUGGAGAUGAGAAUUCUGCAGCUAAAGGGACAUGGGUAUUUCCAUUGAUGCUCAUACUAUCAUUAGAACCUAUAAUGAUUCAAAAUGGCGAGCAUCCAAGAACAGGAAUAGCUUUAAUCUUUGGACUCAUUGUUCAUCUGAAGAAAGAUUGGAGGAUUUAAAGCAAAAAGGAUGACAUCAUCAUCAUCAUUAUUGUUGUUGUUGUUAUUAUUAUUAUUAUUAUCUCUGCAAUUUAAGGCGGUAUACAUAAAGCUUCCUUCUAUUUACAGGUAGGAGAUAUUUUAGAUAUUCAACAUGCCCUUUAAACUCUGAAACAUCUCUUCCCUAAAACUGGGGCAAGCUUGACUUGUUUUACAGGAAUUAAAGAGCAAAAAGAGCACCUGAUUCUUCUGUCCCUAACACUCCUGAAAAUGGAUCAAAACGUUGAACUUCUCUUACUCUAAUUAUAUAGUAUUAGCAACCCUAAUUCCUAUGGCCCAAAGUGUAA